AAAAAGUGAAGAGGGUCUACCAAAAGCUGAGGCCGUUAUCUUCCCGCGAGACACCUCUCUCUCUCUCUUUCAAUGGCUUCCAUUUCAGCUCUUGGAUCUCCUUCUUUCUCCGUCCUCAAACCUUCAUUUCCGAAAUGGAGCAGAGCUCAGUCCCUCCAGAACCCACAUAGAUUCUGCUGUUCUGCUUCGUGGGGUGAAAGUAAUCCCACAAGUACUAUACGAGACAUUGACCGAAGACAAGUGCUGAUAUCGUCCAUUGGAGUACUAGCUGGAGCCUUGUGCAAUUCUCCAAUGAAUGGAGUAGCUGCUGCGGCUGAAUUUACUGAUAUGCCAGCACUUAGGGGGAAGGAUUAUGGCAAGACGAAGAUGCGGUAUCCUGACUAUACAGAAACAGACUCAGGUCUUCAAUAUAAGGACUUGCGACUAGGAAGUGGACCUACACCAAAGAUGGGAGAGACAGUUGUGGUUGAUUGGGAUGGUUACACCAUAGGAUACUAUGGCCGCAUAUUUGAAGCUCGAAACAAAACUAAGGGUGGCUCCUUUGUGGGAGAUGACAAGGACUUUUUCAAAUUUAGGCUUGGAUCUCAAGAGGUAAUUCCGGCUUUUGAGGAAGCAGUUUCAGGCAUGGCUCUUGGUGGCGUUAGAAGGAUCAUAGUGCCCCCAGAACUGGGAUAUCCUGAGAAUGACUACAACAAAAGUGGCCCAAGACCAACUACAUUUUCAGGCCAACGAGCUUUGGAUUUUGUGCUGAGGAACCAAGGGCUGAUAGACAAGACUCUGCUGUUUGAUAUCGAGCUGCUCAAAAUCAUACCAAACAAAUAGUUUGUUUACUUCCGCAUGCUUCAUUGGCACUAUCUGAAAAAUCAAGAUAGCUGGAAGAUGAUUACAAACCAAGGGAGCCAUUUUUGAAACAUCUUCAUUUUAGAAAAGUAGCACUGUUUCAUCAUAAUUUUCGAUCAAUUUUAGAGAUGAAAUAUCAUCAUAAUAUGUGGCGUUUUCGACUGCCAGAAUACGAAAAUUUAAACAACCUGCCUUUUGUCAAAAUUUUGAUGUAUCUGUUCUUCAACUUACUGCUAUCAUUCACUGUAUCCUAAAAGCUCAGCUUGCAUUUUA